CCUCCUCCACACUGUGUGACAGUCCAUUUCCUCCACUGCUCUGCUACAGUCGCUGGUGAAGUUGAAGGCGGCGCUAGUGAACAGUAAACAGUGCGGUUGAAACAUGGCUGAGCAGUCUCUCUCUUCAUACAGCUCCAACAACCACUACAAACGCUGCUUAUUCCCGGAGGAGGUAAAAAAAGAAGUGAAGGAGUUAUCAGCGUUAGCUUUACCUGUGCUCUUGUCAUAUAUUAUGGUCUAUUUGAUAAGUUUUGUUAGUACUGUGUUUUGUGGACAUCUGGGGAGUACAGAGCUUGAUGGAGUAGCUCUAGCCAUAGCUAUUCUCAAUGUUUCCAGUGUUGCAGUCGGCUAUGGCUUAGCAUCAGCCUGUGACACAUUAAUAUCUCAAACCUUUGGGAGUGGGAACCUCCAGCGAGUUGGAGUUAUAGUGCAGAGAGGACUAAUCAUCUUACUGUUAGCAUGUUUCCCAUGCUGGGCAAUUUUAAUCAACACAGAAUCAAUAUUACUGCUGGUGAAACAAAACCCAGAUGUGGCCAAGCUAUCUCAGAUGUAUGUGAAGAUUUUUAUGCCAGCUCUCCCAGCAUUAUUUGUAUUCAUCAUCGAGUCCACAUAUCUACAAAACCAAGGAAUAAUUUGGCCCUUGGUGAUCACUGGAGCAAUAGCAAAUGUGCUAAAUGCCUUAAGCAACUAUGUUUUCCUCUUUGUUCUGGACCUUGGUGUUCCUGGAUCAGCAGCAGCCAACACUGUCUCACAGUACCUGAUGGCUAUUGUACUAUUUAUCUACAUUCGAUGUAGAGGUCUUCAUAAGGACACUUGGUAUGGCUGGUCCAUGGAGUGUCUACAGGAAUGGGACACCUUCUUCCAUCUAGCCAUUCCAGGUUUGUUAAUGCUGUGUGCAGAAUGGUGGACCUAUGAGCUGGGAGCAUUUUUGGCAGGUUUAAUAAGUCCGGUGGAGCUUGGGGCUCAGUCAAUUAUAUACGAACUGGCCAAUGUUGCCUAUAUGUUUCCUAUAGGUUUCAGUGUGGCAGGCUGUGUCAGAGUGGGAAAUGCUAUGGGGGCUGGAGACACUGCACAAGCCAAGCUGUCUGCAAAGCUCGCCAUGGCCUGCGCAGUUUCUGUUGCAGUAUGCUUGGCAAUCAUCGUUGGUUUUACCAAAGAUGUAAUUUCUUACAUCUUCUCAAAUGACGAACAGAUUAGAGCGAGGGUAGCCACUGUAAUGGUCCUCUACGCUCCGUUCCACCUGCUUGAUGCAACAGCAGCAGCUGCUGGCAGUAUUGUUAGAGGCUUAGGGAAGCAGAAGCUGGGAGCAGUCGGAAACGUGUUCGGGUAUUACGCUGUAGGCUUUCCAAUUGGAGUGUCCCUGAUGUUUGCUGCUAAAAUGGGCAUUUUUGGUAGGAUAACCCUCUCUGACGUCAAUUUUUUUCUCUCCCUCGUGCACAUUUUUACUCUGUUAACACUGCUUAUUUUCUCUGCUGCAGGUCUCUGGACUGGCCUUUUAAUUUGCGUGUUCUUUCAGUCUGUCUUUUUCAUAACUCUGCUAUCAAAGCUGAACUGGGAAAAGGCCACUGAGGAGGCACAGAUCAGAGCUGGAGUACACAUGAAUGAGAAAGAUGACGAUGCAGUACAGCAGUAUGAAGAUGUUGGGUCUUAUGAAGAAGGCACAUACCCAGAUACACAGUCACUGAUCCAGAAAUCAUCCGUCUGUACAGUGGGGAAGCCAUUAUCAUUAGGGGCCUUGCUACUUCGCCGGGGACUCACUUUAGCAGCUAUGCUCACUAUACUGGCUGGUGGUCUUGUCAUAAAUGUGAUUUUAAACAGGUAGAGAGAGAGAGAGAGAGAGAGAGAGAGAGCGAGCAGAAGGACACUGAUGAAUAUGGCCAGAGCUGUGUGAUUGGGCUCAGAAGAACAUGGACCCAAGUAGGGGUUGGGCCAGUUGCCCUGAAAUCGCCGGAGAGUGCCGAUCCUCAGAGGGCAUCCUACCCUUUAGGGUAUUUAUGGACGUUUGUAUUUAUGAAUAAGAUUAGACAAGAGUCUGUAAGAGCAUACUAUGUUAAAGUCAAUAAAUUAUAUUUUGAACCUUG